UCUUCAUAAUUUACCAGAAAAUUAAGAAAUAUAAAGAUCAUGGCAAAGUUAUCUAGCAGGGCAAAUGGGAAGAGAAAGAGUGGCAUGAACCUCAAGGUAGUGGUAGAAAAGCUUCAAAAGAGUUUUGUACUGGGCAAGAGCAAGAGGUCAGUGGCGAAUCAUGUGGAUGAGUUUGAGGACUCCAAGGAUGUUACUAAUGACGUUAAAGCAGCGCAUUUCGCGGUGAUGGUGGUGGACGAUGAUGAGAGGCGGCUUAAGAGAUUCAUCGUUCCACUGAGUUGUUUGAGGCAUCCUUGUUUCUUAAGGUUGUUGGAAAAGGCUGCAGAGGAGUAUGGGUUUGAACAUGAAGGCGCACUCAUGCUUCUUUGCAGCCCAACUGAGUUGGAGAACAUUAUUGCCAAGCAAAAGCAAUGUAAUGGAAAACCAGAUUGGAAUUCUCCUACAAGUCAAGAGCUCUGAUCUAUGUUUGAAUUAAAUAUAUAUGGAGAUGUUUGUAGAGAUAGAUUGUUCAGUUUCAUUCUUUAAUAGUUAAUACAAUUCAAUUUUUAUCAAUGUUUCAGUGUUUAAUAACUCAACCACUCCUACCUGAAGUGACACUGUA